GAGAGAGAGAAAGAGAGAGAGAGAGAGAGAGAGAGAGAGAAUUUAGGGUUUCUCCACUACCCGAUGGGCGUGUGAGUGGAUUCGAUUGAUGUGUCGGUGGAUCUGAGAUCCGUUUCUUCUUCAUCGUCUUCGCCUUAGUCGGUGAAGAAUGGCUAUAAAAGGGAAUUCAGCUGACAACAGGACUAGAAGUUCCUUAUCCAUUAUUAUUGUAGUUGGUCUCUGUUGCUUCUUCUAUGUAUUGGGUGCUUGGCAAAAGAGUGGUUUCGGAAAGGGGGAUAGCAUAGCUCUUGCAAUCACUAAGCAAACCGAAUGCACCGUCUCGACAAACCUAAAUUUCGAGACCCAUCAUAGCGUAGCCAACCUUGACAAGAGUGUUAAUAACUCGGAAACGGAAACUUUCAAACCAUGUGAUGACCAUUACACUGAUUACACUCCUUGUCAAGAUCAAAGGCGGGCCAUGACCUUCCCUAGGAACAAUAUGAUCUAUAGGGAGAGGCACUGUCCUCCGGAGGAGGAGAAGCUUUAUUGUCUUAUUCCGGCCCCUAAGGGAUAUGUUGCUCCUUUUCCAUGGCCUAAGAGCCGCGACUAUGUUCCAUUUGCUAAUGCGCCUUAUAAGAGCUUGACGGUGGAGAAGGCGGUUCAGAAUUGGGUUCAGUUUGAGGGGAAUGUGUUUAGGUUCCCUGGUGGUGGGACGCAAUUUCCUCAAGGUGCAGAUAAGUAUAUUGACCAGCUCGCUUCGGUUAUUCCUAUUGCUAAUGGGACGGUGAGAACUGCGCUCGACACUGGCUGUGGGGUUGCAAGUUGGGGAGCUUACCUAUUGAAAAGGAAUGUAUUAGCCAUGUCAUUUGCACCAAGAGACUCUCAUGAGGCACAGGUCCAGUUUGCACUUGAGAGAGGUGUGCCCGCAGUUAUUGGUGUUCUUGGAUCCAUAAAGCUUCCAUAUCCUUCUAGAGCCUUCGAUAUGGCCCACUGUUCACGGUGUUUGAUUCCUUGGGGCGAAAAUGAUGGAAUGUACAUGAUGGAAGUCGAUAGAGUUUUAAGGCCUGGUGGUUACUGGGUGCUUUCGGGCCCGCCCAUUAACUGGAAGACUCACUACCAGUCGUGGCAGCGUACAAAGGAGGAUCUCGAGGAGGAACAGAGGAAGAUCGAGGAUUUUGCUAAACUUCUUUGCUGGGAAAAGGUUACCGAGAUUGCUGAGAUUGCCAUAUGGAGAAAAAGAAUAAAUACCGAUUCUUGUCCAGAGAGGCAAGAUGAGCCACGUGUUCCUAUGUGUGAAUCGACAAACCCUGAUGAUGUCUGGUACAAGAAAAUGGAGGUUUGCAUAAGCCGUUAUCCCGAGGUUAGCACUCCCAAAGAAGUUGCGGGGGGCGAACUGAGGCCAUUUCCAGAGAGGCUAAAUGCUGUCCCUCCUCGAAUAGCCAGUGGUUCCGUCCGCAGCUUUUCUGUUGAGUCAUUUCAAAAGGAGAAUUCGUUGUGGCAAAAGCAUGUUCAGGCUUAUAAGAAAGUCAAUAAGUUACUUGACACGGGACGGUAUCGCAACAUAAUGGACAUGAAUGCUGGCGUGGGAAGCUUCGCUGCCGCAAUUGAGUCCCCAAAACUAUGGGUUAUGAAUGUUGUGCCCACUGCUGCCGAGUCAUCUACGUUGGGUGUCAUCUACGAGCGAGGGUUGAUCGGCAUUUAUCAUGAUUGGUGUGAAGCAUUUUCAACUUAUCCUAGGACUUACGACCUUAUACAUGCCAAUGGUGUCUUCAGCUUGUACCAGAACAAGUGCAAAAUGGAAGACAUUCUCUUAGAAAUGGAUCGGAUUUUGCGCCCAGAAGGUGCAGUUAUAUUCCGAGAUAAUGUCGACGUCUUGAUUAAAGUAAAUAAAGUAAUUAGUGGGAUGAGAUGGAACACGAAGAUGACGGAUCACGAGGACGGCCCUUUUGUCCCCGAGAAGAUACUUUACGCUGUUAAGCAGUAUUGGGUCGGCGGGAGCGAUAGUGCUUGACGGUUAAUAAAGGAGACUAACAUUUUUAUGGAGUUCAUCGGCUACUUCCUGAAGCUGAUUUUAAGACGCACUUUUCAGGCGGAAAAGCUGCAACCAAAUUAGGUGGUUUCACGCAGUCCGCGAGCAGAAGGAAGCUUGGAGUUUUCUGUGUUUGCAAGUUGUAGAAGUUAAUGUAUUGAUGUUUGGUAGUGUUUUAGCUUAAUGUAGUGAUCAUAAUUAUUGCUUCAUCAUCAGUGCCUUCUUUUCUUUUCUUUUCUUUUCUUUUUUUUUUUCCUUUUCUGAGGAAUUUACUUAACUAGGCUUGAUGAUGUAAGCACCGGAUUAUUUAUAAUUUGAGCUGUAAAAAUUGCAUGGUUCAAUCUUAUGGGCUAAAACAUUUCCUGCUUGAA